UCGGCACUAGUUGCCGAACCUCAAAACCCUCCUCAACAAAACACACAAAUCCCUCUCUCUUCCUCUGUCCAAAAUUCUCUUCUAUUUGUCAUGGAAGACGACGACGAGUUCGGGGAUUUGUAUACCGACGUUCUCCGUCCCUUUGCCACCGAAUCCUCACCCUCUGCGCCUCACCAGAGUCACACUUCCUCCAUCGAUCUCAAUCAGAUCCCCUGCGCCUCGUCCCACUCUAAUAACGAUGCACCCGAUCUAAUCUCCCCUCCUGACCCAACAGAACAUGUGCCGCCUCUUCUUAAGAAAGCGGAAUCACCUGACGGCUUUAGGGUUCUUCUGCAACCUGCAGAUAAAGCUUCGCUAGAUUCAAAACCAGUCGCGGUUGACGAUGGCGGUGAUGUUGUGGUUGAAGGCAACGAUCCGAUGGAUCGAGAAGACGUUAAAUUUGACAUCGAGGAUGAAGAUGGCGGAGGCUCAGAGCCUAUUAUUCCAGGAUUAUCUGGCGGCGAAGGUGUGGAUGAGGCUUUCCGGAGGGCGGACGAAGGCGGAGGAGGUUUCGAUGGUGGGAACGAUGAUUGGGACAGUGACAGUGACGAUGAUUUGCAGAUAGUGUUGAACGAUGACAAUCAUAUGGUGAUGGAAAAGGGUGGGGUGGUGGAUGACGACGACAACGAAGAUGAAGAUGGUGGUCUUGUGAUUGUAGCGGGUGAACCUAAUCAGGGUUUGGAGGAGCAAGAGUGGGGGGAGACUGCUAAUGUUCUGGCGGAUGGUGAGAGGAAAGAUGCGGCGGAACCCGGCAAGGCAGUCACCGGUCCAGGUGGCGUGCCCGUUGUGCCCAAAAUUGGUUAUGGCAAUCAUGUUCAUGGGUAUCAUCCGUUUCAUUCCCAGUUCAAGUAUAUUAGGCCUGGUGCAACAUUGCCUGGAGCCACUGUUGCUGCUCAAGGAGGGCCUCCUGGUCAGAUUCGUCCACUUGCCAACAUGAUUGGUCGUGGUAGAGGGGAUUGGAGACCACCUGGAAUAAAAGGAGCUAUUGGUAUGCAAAGACCACCUGGACUACCUAGCUGGGGCAACAAUGCCACAGGGCGGGGUUUCGGUGGUGGAUUGGAGUUCACGCUUCCUUCUCACAAGACUAUAUUUGAUGUUGAUAUUGAGAGUUUUGAGGAGAAACCAUGGAAAUAUCCGAGUGUUGAUGUAUCAGAUUUUUUCAACUUUGGUUUAAAUGAGGAGAGCUGGAAAGAUUAUUGCAAACAGCUGGAGCAACUACGCCUGGAGUCUACAAUGCAAAGCAAGAUCCGUGUUUACGAGAGUGGUCGAGCAGAGCAUGAGUAUGAUCCAGAUUUGCCCCCUGAAUUGGCUGCAGCUACUGGUUUACAUGACACUCCAGUUGAAAAUGCAAAUUCUUUAAAAUCCAAUGUGGGACAAAGUGAUGUUAUGAAAGGUUCUGGACAUGGGCGACCACCAAUACCAACUGGUAGAGCAAUACAGGUAGAAGGUGGCUAUGGUGAACGUCUUCCUUCCAUUGAUACCCGCCCUCCUCGAAUGCGUGAUUCAGAUGCAAUCAUUGAGAUUGUUUUACAGGAUACUGAAGAUGAUGAUUCCUCUGUGGGAGUAGGUGUCCAAGAUCAACCUGAGGAUGGAGAACCGCAGAGCGAGAAUUUUAGAGAAGACCAUGUAGCUGGAGAUGAAAUUCCAAGUUUGGAGCCUGAGUACUCAGAUGGUAUUCUGCAGGAUUAUAAUCGACAAAAGAAAGAGCUUGGAGGAAGAAGAAUGCCAUUUCUGAAUUCCGUUUCUUCUAAUGUACCUAAUGAAGAUGAAAGUUCGUUCUUCCCACAGGAUGAGCCAAUCGAAUACUCUGGUUCAAGGGGCCAAAAUCCUAGGUCUUAUGGUGGCAAUUUCAGCUCCUCUCCUGAGGAAAGGAAGAUGCAAAAAGGAGUGCGUAGUCAAUUUCCUAUUAGUCCUAUUAGAAAAUUGAAUACAGAUGACAAUAGAAAAGAAGAUUCAGUUGAAAGCAUGGAAGGAAGAGAUAGCACACAUUUGCCAUCUCCUGUCAUUAAGGAUGUAAGGGAGUCCAGUUUGGAGAACAAAGAUGCUGAGCUUGAGGAUACUGGGACUGCUGAUGGAAGUCCCAGAUUGGGAAAGGAAGAAAUUGAUUUAAAUACAGUAGACAAAGUAGAUGCCCUCAAGGAUGGGAUAGAAAAGCAGCAGAAUUUGACAUCGCAAGUUGAGCAACCUUUGCAUGAUGAAGUUGAUGAUUGGGAGGACUUGAAAGCUGCCAGAAGCAGCGAUAACAGCAAAGCAAGAUCAGCAAGCAGCAGAGAUAACCAGAAGCGACAAGAGGGUCUUGAGGAAGAAGUAGUUCAGGAUCCACGAUCAACACAUCUGGGUAGCAUUAGACAGCACCCAGAUGAAAAUGAUCAGGGUUUCUAUAGAAAAGAGCAUGAUGGAAAACAAGAUCCUGAAAGAAAUCGGAUAGUACUUAGAGGUAGAGAGGGAUCAUACCCUUACAAGGACCGGCAUCGUGGCUCAUCCCAUCAAUUGAAUGCAAAUAUUGACGGUUUUGAUCGGCAAAAAGAUAGGGACAGUUCUGACAUGGACUGGGCAAGGAGAGAUGAUGAUGUCUAUAGCAGAAAGGUCAGAACUAAUGAGCCUAGAAAGAGGGAUAGGGCAAAGGUUCGAGAAAUUGAGAGAAUCGACAAAGAAGACAGCCUUCAUUCUAGAAAACAGCUAGAUAAUGGUAGCUACAGGAUUCCUUAUGAUAAGGAUGUUGGGGCAAGAGACCCAAGACACAGGGGAAGAGACGAGGGCAUGAGGGUUAGGUAUGAAACGGUGGAGGAUUACCAUAUCAAGAGAAGGAAGGAUGAGGAAUAUCUCAGGAGGGAACAUAUUGACCAUGAAGAAAUUUCACAUGCUAGUCGGCGCAGGCGAGAAAGAGAUGAAGUAUUGGAUCCGCGUAAGAGAGAUGACCUACAAAGAAGUAGAGAUUACCCUGAUGAUCAAUACACCACCAGGCAGAAAGAUGAUGCCUGGCUAUUGAGGGAGAGGGGUGAUAGGCAAAGAGACAGGGAGGAGUGGCAUCGGAUGAAACAGUCCCAUGAUGGACACAUACCCAAGCGUGAAAGAGAAGAAGGACGGAGUUCUGGAAGAAGUGUACGAGGAGCUGAAGAAAAAGCAUGGGUCAGCCAUGUUAGUGCUAAAGAUGAACAUAAACUUUCUGAGAAAGAAUACCAAUCUAGAGAAGCAGUGCGACACAAUGACCAACUGAAGAGAAGGGAUCGAAUUCAGGAAGGAAGUCCACAUCAUAAGGGGCGUGAUGAUGCUUAUGCCCGUGGGAAUCAAUAUAUGGCUGAUGAAAGACGAUCCAGGCAGGAAAGGUCAAGUAGUCGUAGUGAUCGUGUUGCUAAUGCAUCAAAUAGCCAAAGACUUCAAGAGAGGAAACAUAAAGAGGGCUCAACGAAAAGCAAAGAGCGUGAGAUUGGUGACCUUAAUAGUUUAGGACUGUCCAAGAAAAGUCUAGAAAAUCCAAGUGAUCCAUCCAAUGAGAAGGGCUUGAAAGAUUCCGGUGACCAAGAACGUGUUGAGCAUGAAAUUCCAGGGUAUCGUCUGUCCAAGAAACAACACCAGGAUGGCAUUUCGUCUGAUGAUGAACAACAAGAUUCUCACAGAGGACGUUCUAAAUUGGAGCGAUGGACAAGUCAUAAGGAAAGAGAUUUCAGUAUCAACAAGUCCUCUUCUUCCUUGAAGUUCAAAGACAUUGAUAAAGAAAGUAAUGGCGGGUCUUCUGAAGCUGGAAAACCUGUGGAUGAAAGUGCUAAAGCAGUUGGUGUUGAUAACCAACAACCCUCGUUGACCGAAUCAAGGGAUUCUGUAGACAUGGAGAGCAGGGAUGCUGAUUCCAAGGAAUCAGGGGAUCGGCACCUUGACACAGUUGAGAGGCUGAAAAAACGGAGUGAGCGGUUCCAGCUCCCAAUGCCAAGUGAAAAAGAAGCCCUUGUUAUCAAGAAGCUAGAGAGUGAACCUCUGCCUUCUGUCAAAAGUGAAAACCCAGUUGAGUCAGAGGUCAAACAAGAGCGACCUGCCCGAAAAAGGAGAUGGAUCAGUAACUAAAUUAAAUCUUGGGCUAUAGUUUAAUGGUGGAAAAUCUUAUAUAGUAAAGCCUUGGAAAAAUUCCACUUGGCCUGAUGUUUUAAAAAUCUAGAAUCCUUUGCAAGCCAGCCAUCUCAUGUUAGGAUCUGGGAUAAUUUGUACUUCAGUUAUGUUAUACUAUAACCACACUACCUAUAAAUUUAUUGUACACUGUAUAUACACGUAAAAUGUAAAACAUGAACUGGUUAUUACAGGGGACACAUAUUUUGGGUGUCAAAAUAUAGCUCUUACCUGGAUGAUUCGGGUUAUGAGCAGCAGCGUUGUGUGGUGAACGUGAUCAAGGCUGGAUGCAAUAUAACAUUAGAAACCAUUGUCAUGGCAUGGCUGGUGGUGAAACUGAGACUGAUAAAGGCACCUUCAUCCUGUGGCGAUGAUCCAAAGAAAUGGUGCUUGCUUCCCAGCCAUGUGUUAAUUUUAAUUGAAUUAUAUUGACUAUAGAUGCCAUGGAUCAUUUUUUUGUUGUUGUAGACUUUAAGCAUGUACUCAUUACUCAUUUUUCCUACACCUUUUCUACCCCUUCUUUUUACGCGGGAACCAUGACGCCAUGACGAGUCUUUGUUGUAUCUUAGUCUAGAUAUUAAAUGACAUGUAGUUAGGUUAGGAAUUACAAAAGAAAUAAAAGAAGUCAGGAAUAUUUUUUUUACCA